AUGUCCAUCAAUUGGCUUGUCGAGAAAGUAAUUAUUUACUAUAAAACGACUGAAGUGGCUGACCCCAUCCUUGGAGCACAUAAUGACGCUGAACUUUAUGAAUUACAGUGGUGGUGUCGUAAGUUUCAUUGCCUGAUUGGACUGGUUAUUUUGAUUUUCGCAAGUUGGCACUACAGUGACAUUAAUGCGGAAAAUAAUGUCCUGUUAAAGCAAAUUCAAGAUUUUCUCUUCAAUGCAAGAUAUCGAAGGCGAGUCUCUGCUGUAGACCAUUUAAGCCCUGAGCAGUCACAACAAAAAGAGCCUGACAUACAGAACGGCAAUUCAAGCACAGGUUAUGAAAGUGACAGUUCGGUAUCUUCUCACACCAGUUAUGUCAAUGAGAGUAGUGAUGCAACAUAUACCUUGAAUGAUGCUGAUUCAGUAUCUACAAUCAGUAGCCACAGCAGCUGGAUGUCCCUGCGACAGGAACUCUGCGAAUUAGACGAGGAAGCCGCAGAGAAUGAAGCCAACCGACUCAGUUCUCCUUCCACCAGCAGAUCGAAUCAAAUAUAUUCUUCAACUCCACUAAGACGAGCUCCUGUUCACAUGGCACGAAGUGCGGACCAUCGCUACAAUCUUCGACCUCGGACAACAAACAAUUCCUUCAACAGCACAAAAUCUCUGACUCUGAUUGAUUCAGGCAUUUUCUUUUUGGACAAAGUUUGCAGACGGACAUUUCAUGGAACUGCCUGUGUUAUUCUAACUGUCACUGGAAGAAAAUCAAACUUGAUUGUCUACAGCCUUAAUUCCCAUUUAGCAUCCUUGAAUUUCGUGCAACACUUUCGAACACCUCAUCAUUUUUUACCUUCUUUUGUGUAUACAGGUCCAUCACUGAUUUUUUUUUUUUUUUUUCCUGUCAACUGUGCCUCUUAA